GAUGUCAUCUACCACAGCACUUGCCCGGCGUGGGAUCAUCGAGCUACACUUCGCCUGCCCCUUGAAGAUCCAGCAAGGGAAAAGCUGUCCUAUCCAUCAGCCUUUGCGACGCUUGCGCUCAGGUUGUUCCUCUGGCACCAAGACGCCUCGCGCGAUUGCCGGCGACCGUCCAAGAUGCUCCUGGGCACUGCGGUGGUGUCCCUGGCGCCGUUGCUCGCGGGCUUCCACGAGUUGGACGGCUACUUUCACAUCUCCGCGGAGGGUCAUGACGCAGGCGACUUCUGUGGGCAAGUGCGCUUGAAGCUGCGCGCAAGCCUGGCCUCCUUCUGCGAGGUGCGCAGCUCCGGAAGCGCCGAAAGGCCGAAGAAUGAAGCGCAUGCUAGUGAGGGUGAGCCGGCGAUUGCGCCGCUUGGUGCCAGCGGGCCUUCCUUCGCACCCCCUGCCAGACCAACCGUGGCGCAAAUGGUGGAGCGCGAGCCACCGCUGGUGCACAUGACUGAAGAUCUCGUCGUCUUGCGGGAGAGCAGUGAGGCCUCCUUUGCC